CUCACUCUCUCUGCGCAGCCUAUUCAAUCUGACAGAUCUGUCUUCAUACAAACUAUGAAACCUGCUGUAGAUGAUACGUCGCUCCUCUUUGACUUUGGACUAACCGGGCUGACCUCGGGGAUCGUGUUAGGAUGAUGGAGGUGUAGGUGGUGAUGGUAAAUCAAGCUGCUUUCAUCUGCAAACUUUCACUCUCCCUCUCUCUCCUCUACUUCUCUGGGUCUGUGUAAAGCGCAACAGCAUGCAGAUCCCUUCGAGUGAAGACAAGAUCCCAGUGGUGGAUUCAGCUUCGAGUCCCCAAGGCAGCGCAGAAGGCCUCUGCUUCUCUGAUGGCCGACGGAAAGUUGACUACGUUCUGGUCUUCCAUCAGCCAAGGCACGGCUCUGUACGAUCUCCUACCAGCACAUCGAUAUCACAGGACCGGUUAUCCAUCGUUUCCAAUGGCAACUUUCCCCCCACGGUUGACCCAGACGCAGCAGCAGAACGGGGAGGCGGCAUACCGGCAGGGGAGGCUGCGAAUGUUGGCGAGGUGUUUAUGGAGCUUGGAGUUGAAGGAUUAAAUGAGCCAACAGAGCCUGCUGACCAUGAGAUGCAUCUGAUCAGACAGGAAUUUGAGGCCAACUUGCUGGAGGCCGGACUAGAGAUGGAGAGAGACAAAGAGUUUAAAGCCCACGGCCCAGGCUUCACUCGUCUCCACGCACCCUGGCCCGUCCUGUGUCGAGAGGCUGAGUUUCUAAAGAUCAAAGUGCCCACAAAGACGAGUUAUGAACUGAAAGAUGAAAAGGGUUUCGGCUCCAGUAUGAUGAAAGUGUGGAAGAAACUGAAGCAGCCCUUCCAGCCCAAAGUACCAAAUCAGGAACACGACCGCAACAAAGUCCUCUCACACUGCUUCUCCAGGGACAAACUCCACCUGUACAACAUCACGUCUAAAGACACUUUCUUUGACAACGCCACGCGGGGCAGAAUAAUAUAUGAGAUCCUGAGGAGGACGGUGUGUGUACGUACCUGCCAAACUAUAGGCAUCAACACAUUGAUAGCUAAAGGCGUGUACGACUCUGCCUUCCCUCUUCACGAUGGGGACUACAAGGUCAUCGGACACAUCGAGGAGAAGAGUGACAGACAAGUGCUGCAUGAAGAGUGGGCCAGAUACUCUGCCUUUUACAAGUACCAGCCCAUCGAUCUAGUCAGGAAGUACUUUGGGGAGAAGAUCGGCCUGUACUUCGCAUGGCUCGGUGUCUACACACAGCUGCUGAUACCCGCCUCCAUAGUGGGAAUCAUUGUGUUUGGUUAUGGGGUGGCGACGGUGGAUACCAAUGUACCGAGUCAGGAGAUGUGUGACGAGAGUCUAAACUUCACCAUGUGUCCCCUGUGUGACGGAGCCUGCGACUUCUGGCACCUCAGCACGGCCUGUGGCACCGCCAGAGCAUCACACCUGUUUGACAACCCUGCAACUGUUUUCUUCGCCAUCUUCAUGUCUCUGUGGGCUGUGCUGUUCCUGGAGCACUGGAAGCGGCGACAGAUCAGUUUGAGCUUCAGCUGGGAUCUUACAGGCAUCGAGGACGACGAGGAGCAUCCCAGGCCGAGAUACGAGACCAUCCUCCUGCAGAAGAGACAGAGGAAACAGAAACAGAAGAAGAAGAAAAAGAAGAAGAGUGAGUUGGACCUGACUGCCAAUAACACUGAUGAAAAGCCUGUGAAGCAGGAGGACGGGACAGUGACAGGGAAGGACAGAUGGAGACAAAAACUGCUGUCUACUAUGGCUGCAGGAAUACCGGCUGUGAUAGAGAAGCUGACCUGGAAAGAUCGUCUACCUGGAUACUUCAUCAACGUUUCCUCCAUCCUUUUUAUGUUCGGCUUGACCUUUUCAGCUGUUUUCGGCGUCAUCAUCUACCGAAUCACCGUGUCGGCUCUGAUGGCGAUGAGUCCAGAUCCGGAGACAAAGUCCAACGUUCGGGUGACGGUGACAGCCACCGCGGUCAUCAUCAACCUGGUCGUCAUUCUGAUCCUGGAUGAAAUCUACGGCGCUGUGGCUCUGUGGCUGACUGAGCUAGAAAUCCCUAAAACAGAAACAAACUUCGAGGAGCGCCUCAUCCUGAAAGCCUUUCUGCUCAAGUUUAUGAACGCAUACGCUCCCAUUUUUUAUGUGGCUUUCUUUAAGGGACGGUUUGCUGGUCGACCUGGAAAUUAUGUGUACGUCUUUAACGGCUACCGGAUGGAAGAGUGUGCACCCGGAGGCUGUCUCAUCGAGCUGUGCAUUCAGCUCAGCAUCAUCAUGCUGGGGAAGCAGCUGAUCCAGAACAACAUCUUUGAAAUUGGCAUCCCGAAGCUGAAGAAGUUGGUGCGUGCGAUAAAGGAUAAAGGAUCUGCUGAGACAGAGAUUGAGGACGAGAGACCUCCGAAGCAGUGGCACCUGGACUACGCCCUGGCCCCCUUUGAAGGCCUCACGCCUGAGUACAUGGAGAUGAUCAUCCAGUUUGGUUUCGUCUCUCUGUUUGUGGCUUCAUUCCCCCUCGCUCCACUCUUCGCUCUGCUCAACAACGUCAUCGAGAUCAGACUGGACGCCAAAAAGUUUGUGACAGAGCUGCGGAGACCAGUCGCAGUACGUGCUAAAGACAUCGGUAUAUGGUACAACAUACUGAGUGGAAUGGGGAAAUUCUCAGUUAUUAUAAAUGCCUUUGUGAUAUCCUUCACAUCAGACUUCAUCCCUCGGCUCGUCUACCAGUACAUGUUCAGUCAGACCGGCACUAUGCACGGCUUCAUCGACCACACACUCUCCUACUUCAACGUUUCCAAUUUCAAACCCGGCUCAGCACCACACAGCUCUCAACAUGGAGAAAUCACAUUCUGCAGGUAUAAAGACUACCGGGAGCCCCCCUGGUCUCAAGACGCAUACACGUUCUCCAAACAGUACUGGUGUGUCCUGGCUGCCAGGCUGGCUUUCGUCAUACUGUUCCAGAAUUUGGUGAUGUCCCUCAGCCUCGUGGUCGCCUGGGUGAUUCCAGACGUUCCCAAAACCAUCGUGGAGCAGCUGAAACGAGAGAAGAAGCUCCUGGUGGAUCUUUUCUUAAAGGAAGAGAAGGAAAAAUUCCAGCUCAUCCAGAGCCUCUUCAACAAGGAGGCCAACAAACAACCAGGCAGCAGCGUGAUCCACCCGAGCCAGGGCGCCCCCCUCCCGGGCCGCUACAGCACGCUGCCCCCAGGUUCAACGCAGAGCGGAGACGGCGGGGGUCCGAGAGCAAGGUGUAGGGCCGCCAGCUUCAGCCAGUUCACCAGGAAGUUUCCUCCAUCGCCCAGGAGUGAAAAUGAGAAUUCAAGACACACGGCUGUGUGAUGUGUAACACACACACAUAUACACACACACUCACAUUUCCAGACUGGAGAAUAUGUUGCUUGCGUGAUUCGGUCCCUGAAUGUCUGGACUGUGUCAUUUGUUUUCUGGUGUGACGCAGCAGUUCAGAGAUUAAACUAUCAGCAUCGUUUUGAGUACAUUUGAAUUUAUGUGUCUGUGUGUUUGGAUGUGAAAAUGGUUGUGUUGUUCCUUCUCACAUCGACUGUUCGCCUGAUAAAGUGUUAUGAUUUUUACUUUUUGGUAAAAAUAAACUGUUUAGUGGGGCUCACAUGCUUCAUAGCGUAGACAAGCAAUAAACACAGCAGUAGGCUGAUCAGUCAGACGUUACAUGAACCUGGAGGAGACCGGAGUUGAAGAAAGGACUGUUGACACGUGAACAGACUCAUUGAGGAACACUUAAUGAACACAGACAGUGUGGUGGACAUUGUGGCUCAUAAAUAGGGCUUAAUGAACUUGAUGAAUUUUCUUCUUUAUGUGCUUGUGCUCUUUAUUUCUUGUUUUUAACAAAAUUUGUAGCAGCUUUGACAUUCCACAUUUUCUGUACUUUGAAUACGUGAACUCUACCAAUCGCACACAUGAGCCUGGAAGAGCAGAUCACUUUCUCUCUUAUGCCUCUGACGGUGUUUAAGUAGAUUCUCUCAAUAGAAUUCAGGAACAAUGUUGAGUCAUUUUAUUGUAUUGUUGCUGCCAAUGGGGCGCACUGUUAAAUGCCACUCAUAGAUUCCAGUCUAAGCUGUAGUUUUAGAAAUAGAAGAUCUGUGAAGCAUUUUUCGUGUUAGACGUGGACUUUUACAGCUCUCUCUCUCUCUCUCUCUCUCUCUCUCUCUCUCUCUCUCUCUCUCUCUCUCUCUCUCUCUCUAUCUCUUUCGACCCGUGAUGGAGGAUUUCUGAAUUCAUAAUGAAAGCCAACACUUUUUCAAACUGUGGAUGGGAGUGAACUAGGAAUGAUCUCACUGUUUUAAUGUGAAGGGAACAAAUACUUCAUCUGUGUUCCUUUAUUAUGAAAUGUCAUUCUGUACACUCUGACUUCCUGCAGGUAAUAAAUCUGGUUCCUGC